AUGGGGACAUCAUUGCUGGGCGGACCGUACGCCCAAGGGGCGCCGGCCCUGAAGAUGAUGCAGAAGCGCUACGUCGGGUUGCACCAGUGGCUCAGUCCGAUCUGCGCCAACAAGGACCUGAAGGAGCAUCUACAUUUACAGCAACUAUUCCGCUCGAACCCCGGACUGACGGGACCCAACUCGGCCGUCCCUGGUGCCCCGAAUGGUCAGCCACUGCCCCAGUCGGCCUUGUCGCUGUCGGCGGCCCAGCAGCAGCAGUUCCUGCAGCAUAAUGCUGCGUACGCCGCCCAGCAGGCGGCACCGUACGUCAUCAACCCGGGCCAGGACCCGUCACAGUACAUGGGGGCGCUAAUUGCGGCCGGCGUGCCACAGUACUAUGGUGUGGCGGCCGCCCCGUGGGGCGUCUACCCGGCCAACCUGGCCAUCCCGCAGCAGCAGUCCCAGCCCCGCCGGCCCCUCACCCCCUCGCAGCAGGGUGCCGAGAAUCAGCCCUAUCAGGUGAUAUCGGCCUAUUACGACCAGAGUGGCUCGCUGGUGAUGGGACCGCGGACGGGCACUCCGAUGCGAUUGGUCAGCCCGGCCCCGCCCGUCCUCGUGCCGCCGGGCGCCGGUGGACCGCGGGCCCCACAGGCUCCGCCGCUCUAUCCGCCGCAACCACAGACCGCUCAGCAGAACGUCUACUCGGCCCAGAACGGAUCCACCGUCGGAGGACUCGGUGCCUUGAACACAUCAUCCAUGACGACCCGUCGGGACUCGUUUGAUCGCAACACAUCGGCCUUCAGUCCGUCGUUGGACUACACCUCCGCCGCGUCAUCCACAGCGAUGGCGACGAAUGCGGCUGCAGUCGCUGCCGCUGCCGCGGCCCGCAAGUGGCCCGUCGGCGCUGGUACCUACAGUGGCCUUGGAACGGUGGCCGCAGCCUCGGCCAGCCCGCUCGGACCAUCGCUAACUCCGCCGCCCGUGUCCGGACUGGGUGCGCUCGUGACGAGCCGUGCGCCCGGGGCCGAAACCAAGUUCCGCCAGGUGAAUCCCGGGUUGGUGCCCGGCAUAUCGACGGCCAACGCCAUGUUCGGGUCAAGCAACUGCUCGGCUCAGGCGCUGUUCUCGCGGAUAUCCAGUGCCGUCGGUCGACCAACGGCGGCACCAGCAGCGGCAGCGGUCGUGCCUGGUGCUGCUGCACCCGGCCUGGAUAGGCCUCCGGGUCGAUCGCGCCUGCUGGAAGACUUCCGCAACCAGCGCUUCCCGAACCUGCAGUUGCGCGAUCUGACCAACCACAUCGUCGAGUUCUCGCAGGAUCAACACGGGUCGCGCUUCAUCCAGCAGAAGCUGGAGCGUGCGACCGGCUCGGAGAAGCAGCUCGUGUUCAGCGAAAUCCUGGGCGCAGCGUACAACCUGAUGACGGACGUGUUCGGGAACUACGUGAUCCAGAAGUUCUUCGAGUUCGGGUCCCCGGAGCAGAAGCAAGCGCUGGCACAGCAGGUGAAGGGUCACGUGCUUCCGCUGGCACUCCAGAUGUACGGCUGCCGUGUGAUACAGAAGGCCCUGGAAAGCAUUCCGGCCGAGCAGCAGCAGGAGAUCGUGCGCGAACUGGACGGACACGUGCUGAAGUGCGUGAAGGACCAAAACGGGAACCACGUCGUGCAGAAGUGCAUCGAGUGCGUCGAUCCGUCGGCCCUGCAGUUCAUUAUCGAUGCGUUCCGUAACCAGGUGUACUCGCUGAGUACGCACCCGUACGGCUGCCGCGUGAUCCAGCGAAUACUGGAGCAUUGCACCCCGGAGCAGACGGCUCCGAUACUGGCCGAACUGCACGCCAACACCGAGCAGCUGAUCCAGGACCAGUACGGGAACUACGUCAUCCAGCACGUACUCGAACACGGCAAACCGGAGGACAAAUCGGCGCUGAUUGCAAGCGUUCGUGGGAAGGUGUUGAUACUGUCGCAGCACAAGUUCGCGUCGAAUGUCGUCGAAAAGUGCGUCACUCACGCUACCCGCGGAGAGAGAGCGCUGUUGAUCGAGGAAGUCUGUUCGUUUAAUGACGCUGGCCUGCACGUGAUGAUGAAGGAUCAGUACGCAAACUACGUGGUGCAGAAGAUGAUCGACGUCUCGGAGCCCACCCAACGCAAGGUGCUGCUGCACAAGAUUCGACCGCACAUGAACUCACUGAAGAAGUAUACGUACGGCAAGCACAUCAUCGCGAAAUUGGAUAAAUUUUCGCUCAAAACCCCGAGCUCCAUCGGCGGAGGUGGUGGUUCGGCCGGCACUGGUGGCGCGACCGCAAACCCCAACUCCACAGCUGGGGCUGGCGCUUCCGGUUCCGCAAGUAAUGGAGGAAGCGUCGCGGGUGUAGAAACGGGCGUCACCAACGGUCCUUCGAACGGGGGAACUAACGUUGCGAAUGGUAACGCUGGCGCAGGAGUAAGCGGCAGCGAAGUGGCGGGCGACUCUGGCACCUCGAAUGGCGGAGUCACAGCGAACGGCAGUGGAAACAGCAACGGAACCGGUACCUCGGCACUGCGUCCAAUCGGACCACCGACGAACGGCGUAAUGUAA